AUGACCGACUUCAAUAUUGAUCAAUACGAAAUAACGGUCACUCUCGAUGAUAGUAACAAUUCAAAGGACGACGACGAGGGCACGAUCAAGCCUAAGUUAUAUCCUGAUUUGAGCGAGCUUAGCGAAAAAGAAAGAAGCGAUGAAACAACCGAAUGCACUGUAGUUCUAAAACAGGAGCCGGUUUCAGUUCCAGACCAAGAAGAACCAACCGAAAAAGAACAUCUUCAUAACCCAAACCUCCGAGAAUGGCUCUUAGACAAUCUCAGCUACCACAGAAACCAAAAUCCGGCAAAGAUAGCUUUGAUUGAAGAAAUCUCGGAAGUCAGAUGUGUAACCUACGAAGAGCUGGUGGAUGGGUCUAGAAGAACGGCUAACUAUAUGUCACAUCAUGGUGUGAAAAACGGGGAUCGUGUUUUGAUGUGUAUGGAGAAUACAGUGGAGUAUGUGUUCUAUCAGCUUGGCGCAUUUUUGCUGGGAGCUAUUCCAGUUUUGAUUAAUCCGAGUCAUAUUGCUUCCGAAAAACUUGCUGACAUCGGAUGCACUACUGCAAUUGUGGACUUCGAACACUACGGACAUGUGCUCCGUAUUUCACAAAACACCCUUAAUAGCAUUCAGAGAGUUUUUGUGUUAGCCGAAGACAUUGCUGCUAUCAGCUUGGCACGACAUGUCUGGAUAAUUGAUGCUUUUGGAUUCCUGAGUUUCUCUCCCAAUUAUGACUGUAUUCAGGAAACUAGCAAUGAUAUUUCGUUUAUUGUUCCUGGAAGCUUGGAAACCGACCAGUACAUCUCUCACUCCCAAGAAAGUGGUUUUUAUCUCUGUCAUGACUAUUUCGAGAAGUUGUUUAACAUGUUCACCAAAUCUGAACCACUGGAGUCCAAAAACCAUUUGAUAACAGAUGGUCUUCACUGUCAUGAUGCUUUAUCUUAUCUUUUCACUAUUCUCACAAAAGGAGAGACUUGUGUACUUGCUGAAUCAACGUUGGAUGUUUGGAGAGCGUCACUGCUGGACAGAAUUGCUGGAAUUAUCGAGCAGUACAAAGUUUCUCUACUUUUUUCGAAUUCCCAAUUACUGAAAUGUUUCAUCAAAUACGAAGUUCAUAAAAUCUAUGACUUAUCAUCAUUAGAAAUCAUUGCCAACCAUGGAGCCGUAGUUUCCGUCUCCACCGCUAAAAAAGUAAAGAAGAUUUUGGAUGUUACAUUAUUGCAAGCUUACUCCGGAGCGGAAUUCGGUGUUGCGAGUUUUGGUGUGUUCGAUGAAGAAUCUGAAAAAAAUCUUCUCAAUUCCGGUCUUCCGAUUGAUGACAUGAAAAUUAAAGUAGUGGCACAUAUGGAAACCGACAAAGAGUUGCCAAAGGGAAAGUGGGGACAGGUUAUUUUGAGUGGACGACAGCUGUUUAAAGAGUACUUGCAAAAUGAUGAGCUGAACAAGAGUAGGAAAUUUGGAAAAUCUUGGUUCAAGACAGGAGACUAUGGCAUGAUUGAUGAAAACGGUCGGUUGCACAUUGAAGGGGCCCUCACAGACUUAAUAACCGCCCAAAGCAAACUGGUGUCAUCAGAAAUGAUGGAAAGCAUAUUAUGUGAACAUAAAUUGGUGCAUGACGUAGUGGUGAUGCAGAAUGACCAACAUGUGUGGUGCGGAGUCCUCCUAAAGAAUGAAAACGAAGUUCCUACAUCUGACACAUUGGAGAAAUUACUGAAAAAACACAAAAUUGCUAUGGCCAUCAACAAAGUUAUUAUACUCGAUUUUAUUCCAAGAUCGGAGAAAGGAAAGAUUUUGAGAAAUGAGAUUCCAUACUUGAUGAAUUCGGAAAAGGAGCCAUCAGAACCGGAAGAGAAUACUGAAUCAUAUAUUUGA